GGAGCCCCCGAGUGGGCAGGAUCGUCAUGGCCGCCGCCGCCAAGCACCUGACGCCCGUCACGCUGGAGCUGGGGGGCAAGAACCCCUGCUACGUGGACGACGACUGCGACCCCCAGACCGUGGCCAACCGCGUGGCCUGGUUCCGCUACUUCAACUGCGGCCAGACGUGCGUGGCCCCCGACUACGUCCUGUGCAGCCCCCACAUGCAGGAGCGGCUGCUGCCCGCCCUGCAGAGCGCCAUCACCCGCUUCUACGGCGAGGACCCGCGGGGCUCCCCGAGCCUGGGCCGCGUCGUCAGCGACAAGCACUUCCGGCGGCUGCGGGGCCUGCUGGGCUGCGGCCGCGUGGCCAUCGGCGGCCAGAGCGAUGAGGGCGAGCGCUACAUCGCCCCCACGGUGCUGGUGGACGUGCAGGAGACGGAGCCGGUGAUGCAGGAGGAGAUCUUCGGCCCCAUCCUGCCCAUCGUGAACGUGAGGAGCCUGGACGAGGCCAUCGACUUCAUCAACCGCCGGGAGAAGCCCCUGGCCCUGUACGCCUUCUCCAGGAGCAGCCAGGUAGUGACCCAGAUGCUCAAUCAGACCAGCAGCGGCAUUUUCGGAGGCAACCAGGGCUUCAUUCACCUGACUCUGUCGACCUUGCCGCUGGGGGUCGUUGGUAACAGUGGCAUAGGAAUACAUGGCAAGUUCUCCUUCGACACCUUCUCCCACCACCGUGCCAACCUGCUCUCCUCAUCGGGCCUGGAGAAGUUCAACAAACUCCACUACCCGCCCUACACUGCCCACAGCCAGAAGCUGAUAACCUGGGUCUUGGGCUCCCACAGGUGCUCCCUUCUGUGA